GUGCACCAUUGGAAAUGCUCCCAGCGACGCUGGCGCUCUCCAGAGCUUGUGAUCCACAGACCAGACGAGCCCAUCCCUGAUGUUUGUUCCUCCUUACAAUCCAUUUGGCUUUCAAGCAUGGCGGACAGCUCCAGGACGCCCCUGGUGGCGCCCAGGAAGGCCCCCAAGUCAUGGGUCGACUUUGCGGUGAUGUUCCGCUGGAUGAUUGUGGUCCCCAUCGUCCUGCCCAUCUCCUUUGCCUUCGAAUGCCGCAAGCGCAUCCGCGACUGGUACUCCCGCCGCCGGAGCUACGAGAGCAAGGAGGCCGAACACCAGAAGAAUGUGGAGACAGUGCAGAAGCGUCUGCGGAGCAGGAACGCAUCCAAGGAUGGCCUGGUGUGCACUGCGCGCAAGCCCUGGCUGUCGGUCUCCAUGCGCAACCAGGACUACAAGCGCGCGCGCCGCUUUGAGGUGGACCUGAGCGACUUCCGCCACAUUCUGAACAUCGACAAGGAGAGGCUGGUCGCUCGCGUUGAGCCGUUCGUCUCCAUGGCGCAGCUCAGCGCAGCGACCGUCCCCAUGGGAUUGGCGCUCGCGGUCGUGCCUGAGUUGGAUGAUCUGACGGUGGGGGGCCUGAUCAAUGGCUACGGCAUCGAGGGGAGCUCCCACAUCUAUGGACUCUUCCAGGACAUCGUGCUCGCUUAUGAGAUUGUGCUUGGCGAUGGGACGCUGGUCCGUGCCACUGCAGACAACGAGUACUCGGAUCUGUACUAUGCGAUCCCGUGGUCUCAGGGUACGCUUGGGAUGCUCGUGGCGGCCGAGCUUCAGUUGAUUGAGAUCAAGCCCUACAUGAAGGUAACCUACCAGCCGGUGCGCGGGUCCCUCCGCGAGAUGGGCCAGGCAUACUGGGACUGCUUCUGCCCCCGCGACGGCGACCAGGACAAUCCCGAGAAGGUCCCCGACUUUGUGGAGGGCAUGAUCUACACCAAGAACACAGGCGUCAUGAUGACGGGCGACUACGUCGAUGCCAAGGAGGCCAAGGCGCACUGGGGCCAGGUCAACGAGUGCGGCUGGUGGUACAAGCCGUGGUUCUACCAGCACGCCGCGUCCGCGCUCAAGCGCGGCGAGUUCGUGGAGUACAUUCCGACGCGCCAGUGGUACCACCGCCACACGCGCUCGCUCUACUGGGAGGGCAAGCUGAUCCUGCCGUUCGGCGACAACUUUUUGUUUCGCUUCUUCUUCGGCUGGAUGAUGCCGCCCAAGGUGUCGUUCCUCAAGCUCACGCAGGGCGACGCGAUCCGCAACUACUACCACGAGCGCCACAUGUGCCAGGAUAUGCUGGUUCCCGUGUACCGCGUCGGCGAGGCGCUCGAGCUGAACGAGCGCGAGUUCGAAGUGUACCCCAUCUGGCUGUGCCCGCACCGCCUCUACAAGGUGCCCCAGAAGGGCGUCAUGGUCACGCCGGAGCCAGGGUACGAGAAGCACAAGCGCCCGGGCGACACGGCCGCAGCGCAGAUGUACACCGAUAUCGGGCUUUAUUACGCCCCAGGCCCCGUGCUGCGCGGUGAGGUGUACGACGGCGUGUCGGCGUGCAAGCGCAUGGAGCAGUGGCUCAUCCAGAACCACUCGUUCCAGGCGCUCUACGCGGUCACGGAGCUGACCGAGAAGGACUUUUGGGUCAUGUUUGACCAGACGCUCUACAGGAACUGCCGCGUCAAGUACAAGGCGCAGGGGACGUUCAUGGGCGUGUACUACAAGUCGGCCAAGGGCCGCAAGUCGGAGGCUGACGUCCUGAGAGAGGAGAAGGCGGCUGCGGAGAAGGAGCGCAUUCAAGAGGUUUAGGCUUCAAAGUGUAACGAGACGGAUUGUCCCAAUCUGAUCCAGCAAAAGUGUGAGCUGGAAGUGGGGUCUGAGCUUGAACUGGGGUGUGAGUGUGUGGAACUGACUCUUUAAGAAAUUGGACAGAAGGAAUGACAAAGUGGGCUCCUUGCCGAAGCCCGCUAGUUUUGAAAGAAUGGGGCGUUGUGCUGGUGGACGUGGUUUAGAAAAGGGAGUCAUGUGCGUGUUGAAUGGUCUGAGCCAAUGCUAUUUCGAAUAAUAGAAGAGUACGGUAGGAGCAGUCUGGAUUCGUUUCAACGACGGAGCGCGUCCGAGUACAAGGCCGUAGUCGAUUCAUCCUUUGUAGAGCUUUUAGGAGGUGUUCGUAGGACGGAUAACAGUCGUCAAUGGAAUAACCGUCGAGCACUGUUAGGGCGCAGAGUUGCGUGCAGUACAUGAACUGCAGCAUCAGCAGCACUGCUACUAGCCUAGUUCACAAGUCAGAAAAGGAUGCGACUUGACAUUGCAAGCUCGGAAAGUCGGAAGAGUCAGAUGCUUUUGCUUGCAUGUUCUUCCAGUGCCCAGCCGAGAAUACUGUCAAGUUUGAGCACACUAUUCCUCAUCGGACUGACUUAUUAUAUUGAGGAGGCUGCUCAAUAUUUAACGGAAGGCUUCAGCACCGCGCAUUGGCUGCAUCCAGG